AUGAAGGAAUCUGAUCCAAAAAAGAAGGCUGCAGCUUUGAUUCUUGGUGCUGGUCGAGUCUGUCAGCCAGCGGCCCAAAUGUUAUCGUCAUUUGGAUCCAGCCAGUGGUAUAAAACAUUGUUGGGAGAUGAUUUUGAGGAUCAAAUUCAUCUUGAUGUCAUCGUAGGAUCUUUGUACCUGAAAGACGCAGAGCAGACUGUUGAAGGAAUUCCAAAUGUAACUGGAAUUCAGCUUGAUGUCAUGGAUAGUGUCGGCCUUUUUAAGCACGUUUCACAGGUGGACAUUGUUAUAAGUUUGUUGCCCCCUAGUUGUCACGUUAUCGUAGCAAACGCUUGCAUUGAGUUGAAAAAACAUCUUGUCACUGCUAGCUAUGUUGAUAGCUCCAUGUCAAAUCUAAAUGAUAAAGCUAAAGUUGCUGGUAUAACAAUUCUUGGCGAGAUGGGCUUGGACCCAGGGAUCGACCACAUGAUGGCAAUGAAGAUGAUCGACGAGGCACAUAUGCAGAAGGGGAAAAUAAAGUCUUUCACUUCUUACUGUGGUGGACUUCCAUCUCCUGAAGCUGCUAACAAUCCAUUGGCAUAUAAAUUCAGCUGGAAUCCUGUAGGGGCCAUCCGAGCUGGGCGCAAUCCUGCCACAUACAAAAACCAUGGUGAAACUGUACAUAUUGAUGGGAACAAUCUUUAUGAUUCUGCUACAAAACUAAGGAUUCCGGACUUUCCUGCUUUUGCUUUGGAAUGUCUUCCUAACCGCAAUUCUUUACUCUAUGGAGAUUUAUAUGGAAUAGGAUCUGAAGCAUCAACUAUCUUUCGUGGAACCCUCCGUUACGAAGGGUUUGGCGAAAUCAUGGGGACACUCUCUAGGAUUGGCUUAUUCGACAAUGAAGCUCAUCCGAUUCUGAAGAAUGAGGAGAGACCAACCUUUAGAAAAUUCACGUUUGGCCUGCUGAAAAUCGAUAAUGCAGAUCCAAAUGGAGCGUUGAUAGGAGAGGAGGACAUCACAAAAAGAAUACUAACAUUAGGACAUUGCAAAGAUCAAAGAUCUGCAACGAUGACAGCAAAAACAAUCAUAUUUUUAGGAUUUUUCGAUCAAACAGAAAUCCCGACAUCCUGCCAAAGUGCUUUUGACGUUGCAUGUUUCCGCAUGGAGGAGAGAUUAUCCUACUCCAGCACAGAAAAGGAUAUGGUUCUUCUGCACCAUGAAGUCGAGAUAGAAUUUCCGGACAGACAAGUUACAGAGAAGCGUAGAGCUACUUUGCUUGAAUUUGGGAAGACUUGUGAUGGAAAAACCACUACUUCCAUGGCCCUUACUGUUGGUAUUCCAGCUGCAGUUGGAGCUCUGCUCUUACUGGCAAAUAAAGUUCAGACAAGAGGUGUCUUAAGACCUAUCAUACCUGAAGUAUACACUCCAGCUUUGGAUAUCAUACAAGCUUAUGGCAUCAAGUUGAUAGAGAAGAAUGAGUAA